CAGCCCUCCUGGCAGAGAGUCGCAAUACCUUGAGCGCCUACCCCGGAGUUUCGUGCGCGCUCUUGGGACGCUGAAGCCGAACUUGGAAGGAGAACUGGGAGAGGCCCGGGCGAUGGCGUUUGCGAGCUGGUGGUACGCGACGCAUGGUGAUAAAAAUGCAAGUGGAACCUCAAGAGAGAAGAAAGGAGCAGAAGCAACUGAGAAGAAACCUGUAAAUACUAGCAAUACUGAAUCUCCUAAAACCCAGACAAGUGGAGUUUCCUCAGUCAGUAAGACCCAGACUUCUGUUGCAUCAAAGACGCCAACUAUGAAACCUGCUGAAGCAAAGGCUUCCUCAAGCCAACAACAGACUCGUGGAGGGGAAUUCCAGAAAAGGAAAAGAAACAAGAAGAAGGCAGCACAAAAAUCAAAGACAGAACCUGAAAAAGUACUACAGGACAAAAAGCCAGAUGAAUCUCAACCUGUCUGUCCAGUUGAAGGGAAGCAGAGAGAUCCUGGAGGGGCAAAAAGUCCAAGCAAACAUUCUUUAGGGAAGGACCCUAAGCAACCAAGUUCUGGAAAAGAAGCUUCUGAUCUGAGUACCAAGUCAACACAGUUGGCAUCAACUGAAGAAGCAAAGACUAAAACUGACAACAAGCCAUUGGCUUCCAAGGCAGCUGUUGGCACAGCUGGAACAGUUACAGCUGCUGGCUUGACUGCUGCAUCUGCAGAGACUAAAGAAAAUAAACUGGCAUCUCCAACUCUAGCUACUGCAGAGAGUAAACCCACAGGAAAGUCUGAUUUAGAUACUGCCUUAGACGAUUUAAUAGAUACACUAGGAAGUCCUGAAGAAAAUGAACCACCUGCUCCUGCAUAUACUGGACCGGAAGUUUCGGACCCAAUAUCGUCCUUAUAUAUAGAAGAGUUGGGCAAACGGGAGAGCACAAUUCCUCCAGAAUACAGGAAGUUAUUGGAGAGUAAAGGUGAUGAUAAAAUAGCUUCUCCAUCAGUUGCAGUGGGAGAAUCCCAGCCAACAAUGACAGAUGAUGACCUUGCAGAUGCUCUGUCAUCUGAUUUUACUUGCAGUGCUGUACCAUCUGCUGGAGAAAAGGAAGUCAGGCCAAAAGAGCCUGCAGCAAAAGAUGAGCUUUUACAAGCCCUUUCUACAACAUCGGUCAGCAGUUCUGCUCCUCCCAAAGAGAAGAAACCAAAAUUGGAAGAGGUGACAAUUAGUGAUAGUGCUCUGGAUGCUCUUGUGGAUACACUUGGUAUGCCAGAACCUGAACCCGAAGAAGAUAUUAGUGCCGUCAUUGAAGUUGAAGAGCCAAAGGCCAUAGAAAGGAAAGAAAAGAAACCUGGUGAACAUGAUGAUACAAUUCCUCCUGAAUACAGAUUAAAACCAACCUUGGACAAAGAUGGGAAGCCGUUGUUGCCAAAACCUGAAGAGAAACCAAAGCCAAUUAGUGAGACUGAGCUCAUUGAUGAAUUUUCAAAAGACCUUGUCUGUACUACUACUUCCACAGAAAAAUCAAAACCAACUAAACCUGCUGAUACAUCUAAGAAACCUGUGGUGGAAGAGCCUCCCAAAGCUCCCAAAGAAAAAGUAGCUGCAUCUCCUAUAGCUCUUCCUGUGCAGUCUUUGGCUUCAUCAGAAGUCCCAACAAAGCCUAAGCCAGCUGAGCCCCAGAAGACAUCUGCGGAAGAAGUCGUCUCAGUUGCAGCUGUCCCUUCUGUGAAAUCUUCAGCUCCUACAGCUGCUUCUCCAAGUACACAUGCAUCUGAUGAAGCACUCGAAGCCUUAUCUGGAAGUCUGGGAAAAAGAGAGCCUGCUCCAGAAGAAAAAAAACCUGCUGUGGAUAAAGUGAAAGAAAAAACAAAAAAAGAGAAGCAUGAGAAACUUGGGGAAGAUGAGGAAACCAUCCCUCCUGAUUACAGAUUAACUGAAGUAAAGGAUAAAGAUGGGAAGCCACUUUUGCCAAAACCUGAAGAAAAGCCUCAGACCCUGAGUGAAAGUGAACUUCUUGAUGCUUUAUCUGGAGGGUUUUCUUGUUCUGCACCAACAUCAACAGCAGAAGCACCUGCGAAAUCUACCGCUGCCAGCAAGCCUGCUGUUGUCCCUAUGGAAGAGGCUAUUUCUUCUUCUGCUGCUGCUGCUGUGCAUUCAUCUGCUGCAACACAGGCAGUCAUCCCAGGUAGGAAGGAACUUGAUGCUGCUGCAGACCUUCUUGCAGACUCACUGGGACAAAGAGAGCCUGACCCAGAUGAAAACAAAACAGUUUUGGAUAAAAUAAAGGAAAAAGUCAGAUCUGAGCAUAAAGACAAACUUGGAGAAAGAGAUGAUACAAUCCCUCCCGAGUAUAGGCAUCUUCUGGACUCGGAUGAGAAGGGUAAACCUGUAAAGCCAACAGAUAAAGAUGGUGAGAAACCCAAAGAACAAACGAAGCCAGACAGUGAUUCAGCAGCCAUAGAUGCCCUCUCAGGGGACUUUGACCAUUGUGGUAAAUCUGCUGUUUCACAGGCAUCUUCAACAAAGGAGGACAAAUCAAAAAGUGCUGCCUCAUCUAAACCACCUAGGAAGGAGGAAAAGAAAUCCAAAACUCCCAAGAAGGCAAAGGAGCAAUCUUCCAGUGCAAAAUCUGAGAAACAAAAAAAAAGUUAAAUGUCACCAGGGAUCCAUUGCUGUACACUUGAAGUACCAGAUGGAUAACCUACAGGAUGCAUCAGCCCCUUUUUGCAGUCCCUGGAGGCCUCUCCUGCAAAUAUCAGCACCAAAAUACAGAGGCACACUUUUUCCACGUUUCUUACAAACAAGUAAAAUCAGGUCAUUCAUAAACAAACUUGCUGUCUCUGGUGAUGAUAAUACAUCACUGCCACAAUCCUCAAAGUUGGAAAAAAUCAUUAAAAAAAAAUCCCCCUGCCCCCAUUGUUGGCUGUACCUGAGCUAAUUUUUUCUGCAGACCUUUGCCUAAUUUUGAAGCGUAUCACAAGAGAUCAGUUCAGAGCUACAGUAAGAUCUCUUUCCUAGCUCCUUGGUAAGAGUGAGAGAAUGAGUGUGCCCACUGCUACUAUCCAUCCCUUGCUUAAGCCCCAACUGGCUCCCUGAGAGAAGAUAACCUUUGAUUAAAAAAGAAAAAGAAAAAGUUGUCUGCUGGCCUUUUUAAUGAAACACUAGUUUUUACUCUUGGGAGCAAAGCAAAUUUGAUUACAGCAAGGAAAUGAUGUUCAGUAAGAGGAUUCUAUUUACAUGAAGCCUCGUAGAUGUAAUGUUACGAUUUUCUUAUAUCCUGUAUUGUAUGGGUUUUUCUGUAGUGAGUCACAAAGUUGAGAUGAACAGCUCUAAACAUUCUAUACACAAAUAGCAUUGGUUAGCUUAGGUCAACCUUGUUUGUCCUGCUAAUUUGGAUACUUUAGUUUUCUGUUUUUAAAUUUCUGCCUCAGCUGUUGAAUUUUAUGACACACUUCCUUUUAAGAAUAUAUUUUUAUCUUUUCAGAAUGUUUAUCACCAGUGCAAAAAGUCUUUCUUUUGAUGGACAGCCGCAUUUGAACAAAAGCAGUUUCGCAAAAAAGAUAGUACCUUGGACAUUUUCUGGUAUUGGGCUAUUUUGGCAUGCAAGGCAUUUAUUUUGGUAUUUUCAAGGAUGAACUCACAUUUUUUAGACACUUACUGUCUUUAUUGUCAUUUUCUUAAGUUCUGAGAAGAAAAGAAUGCUUUAUAUUUGUAAGAAAUAUAUUUCUUAUGGAUUUAAUAGCAGUGAAAAAUGCAAAAUUUUGCACAUAUCUACCCACAGUGCCUGUAAAUCUCAGUGAAGUUCAGUGAAUCUAUGCUAGUUUGUUAGAAAAAGGAAUGCUUUAAAUGUGCAUUGUGGUUUCCUACUUAUUUAGGUCAAUUGCCUAUGAGUACUUUUGCUGGACACACAUCUUAAAAUUGCCAAGUUUGAGAAACACUGUCCUAGUUUAUACAUAUAUGGCCCAGCUGAUUUUGGUAUAGUUCUUAAUCAGAUUUCAGUGCUUUCUUUUCUUUUAGUAUUCCCUGCAAGGUAUGCGAGAGAUAGAUAGAGUUCCAGUUCCAGAUUCAGAUAUGCUUGGAAAUCUCUUUAUUGACUUGCAUGUUAAAAUGGCCACACCUCUUCCUAGGUAGCUGGUUCUAUAAACUUAACCAGUUUAGUUUCCCCAGGAAUAUUAUCGUGCAAUCCCUUUUCACCUGCAUGGGAAAUAAAACAAAUAGCAUGGCAGAAAGAGCAUUUUCUACCACUGCUUUUACUUUUUUUCAAAUGGAUUCAAUAAGGUAUUUCCUUCUGGAGCCUAUCUUUUGUACUGAAGACAAUGAGACUGUCCUUGAUAAUACGUAAUGUCAAUACUGAACUGUAUUUGACAUUUUACUGUGGCACACUAAUAAACAUUUUGUGUAUUACUUUA